AUGUCCGACCGGGAAUUCAGCUCAAAUGACGACCUGUCGCUGCCGAAAGCCACGGUCCAAAAGAUCAUCACUGAAAUCCUGCCCCCCAGCAUGGGUCAAACCUUCUCAAAGGACGCGCGCGACCUGCUGAUGGAAUGCUGUGUUGAAUUCAUCACCUUGAUAUCAUCCGAGGCAAACGACAUCAGCGAAAAGGAAGCCAAGAAGACUAUUGCCUGUGAACAUGUCGAGAAGGCUCUGCGUGAUCUGGGUUUCGCAGAUUACAUCCCCGAUGUGCUCGCAGUUGCAGAGGAGCAUCGGGAACAACUCAAGUCUCGGGAGAAAAAACAAAGCAAAAUGGAGCAGAGUGGUCUGUCCGAGGAAGAGCUUCUCCGCCAACAGCAGGAACUUUUCCGGUCUGCAACCGAGAAGUACAACGCAGGCCCUGAAUAUUCGUUUGCGACCAGCCUUCCUCCCAUCCUGAAUCUCCAGGCCGCAAAACUACGCGACCCGCAGAUCUUCGGCCAACUUGCGGCUCUCCGCCUUGCCGCGCCUCGAAUCACGGACCCCAACAGCUCUGUUCACGUGAUUCAGCCCAGCGAGCAGCGUAGGCGUUCGGCUUUCGAAGAACAAGGAUUUCUUGACAUUGCGCCUCCAAACAUGCCGCCUUUCAAGGAUGAGCAUAUUCUGCUGAUUGCGCCGGGUUCGCAAAUGACCCUGGCGCAGCUUGGUCUCCCCGAAAGCUUCACGCCUGCGCGUUUUCGAUUCCCCACGCGCAUGUUCCCUGCGCAGAAAAAGGGCGAGUUCGAGCCUUAUCGCAUUCGUGAAUGUCAACAGACACCCAGUGCCAGCAAUGGUACCGAUGCUCCUACGACACAAGAUACUGAGAUGAAAGAUGCGGCCGCCGUGGCCCAAGAUACUGCCGCCAAAACUGAAACCUCCGACAAUGCAGAGAAGCCGACUGACGAGACUGCCGGAGGUGCAGACAAGAGCGAAACCCAGGAGACUAUUUACGAAGAGGAUGUCAUAUCUGACGAAGGGGCUAUCUAUCCCAUCCAGGAUGGCCGCAUUGUCGACUGGCCCUGCUUCUUCGCUCUGCUUACACACAUCUACAACGCGUUGAGCCCACCAUUCCACACGCCAAUUUUAUUGGUCGCGCAACCCGUGUGGACUCUUCGUGAUCGCGAGACCAUUACUCAAUUCGUGUUUGAGAAGUUCAAGACACCCGGCUUCGUUUUGAUGGACUCCGCGCUUGCCACGUGCUAUGGCUAUGGUGUACCGACAGCCACCGUCAUUGAUGUUGGCAAGACCAAGGCAGAUGUCACGGCUGUGACGGACUACGUUGUGAAUGAGUAUGGCCGCGGUAUUGCUCUGAAAGGCUGCGGCGGUGACGCAAUGACUGAUCGACUGGUCGAGCUCCUGGGCCCCAGAGGCUUUUCGCGCGAGAUGUGUGAGCAGCUGAAGCGAAGCAACAUUGCCGAGAUUCUGGUUCCAGGCACGCCCCUUCCUGGUGCUGCUGCAACGGCUCAUCAGGGCUCAAAUCCAGCAGCGGCUGCCUCGACUGGUGGAUCGGGUGCAAACGAUACGAUCCCCCGCGGACCCGGAGAAAAUACGCAGACCGGCACUGAGAAUGGCACUGAAGAAGACGACGGAGUUUUGGAUGUCGCUGCCAUUGUGAGUGGUAAUACCACAGAAUACUUGGCCAAAAUUGAGAAAGAGAAGACCGGCAAGAAGACUGGUGCAGAGUCCAAGCAAAAGAAUGCCCCCAACCACCAAAAGGAAAAGGCAACUUUCCAAUAUGAAGAGUUCAGCCCUCUGGAUGAGGACGAAAAAUCUGCAGCUGGAUCCCGCCGAUACAUUCGCCAGACUCGCGAGAUCGAAGUUGGGGCGGAGCGCUUCCUUCUUGCAACGCCGGUGCAAGGUGCUCAGGACCGUCUUACAAGUGGUAUUCUCGAGGACAUCGCCGCUCAGAUUCAUCAUACUAUCCUUGCCGUUCCGGAUGCUACCAAAAGAAGCGAACUUUGGGACUCUCUCGUUAUCGUUGGAUGCGGUAGUCGAGUUCGAGGUUUCGCGCAGGCUCUUCUCGGCGUCCUCACACAGAAAUACAUCCUUUCUCCUUCCGCCACUAUCUUCACCUCUGAAAUCCCCUCCGUAUUCUCUACUCCUCUCCCCACCGGUGGCACCAACACUCCAGCGCCCAUGGCUCAACAGCCUAGUCCAAUGUUCCACCCAACUGCCCCUGGUGUGAAUCCUCUGCUUGUCGCUGCCACCCACAACAAUCCUGGAAUGGCCGCUACCACUCCGGGUACCCCAGGCAUGGACCCUAGCAUGUCCCUCCACCGCUCGAGUGGCCACUCGCAAAAUCCGACCUCUGUGAAAUGCCUGCGGCUACCUGACUACUUCCCCGAGUUCAAGCACGAGGGCAAUCGCAAUGCUCCGGGCGCUAGCCACGGCCCCAGUGCCACUCAAGGGGGUCAUGGUUCUGAAGAGGCUACUUUCCUGGGCGCUCAGAUGGCUGCCAAGGUUUGCUUCGUACUUGAUCAAGGCCUUUCAAAAGGUUUUAUGACUCGAGUCGACUACAACGAGAGCGGGCCCUCGGCCAUUCACGAGUUUGUGCUAUGA